CGGUCCCCGCGUUUCCUUUAGUCUGGGCGCUGGCGAUCGACAGACAAUACAACCUGCUCAUUGCCUGACAAUUCCGGUGACCCGAAAUUGUGUCGCCCUCCUAUUCAAACAUUUAGGUAUUCACAAUGUGAUUCUCCUGUUCUCGGCCAUCUUAAGCGACCAAAAGGUUCUGUUGUGUUCUCGCAGUCUCAAUCGUCUGACGGAAUCGUGUCAGGCCCUGACCGCGAUUCUGUAUCCUCUCAAAUACGGGUAG